AACAAACAUCAUUAAGUAUUUGGAUACCAAAUAAUUAAGUGUUUCUACAAUGGAAUACCUUGCAGUUUUAUUGGCUUUAGCUACAACCGCUAUGGCAAACGACACAGCGGAGAACGUGGCUACACUCCAAGCGAAGUUCGUGACAGCAGGUGAAGCCUGUAUUGAGGAGUAUCCCAUAUCUGGUGAAGAUAUAACCUUGUUCAAGAGCGGGCAGUUCCCUGACAGCGAGCAUGCUGGCUGCUUCAGUGCUUGUGUCCUGAGGAAUAUUGGGCUGUUCGACGACAAAGGAAGCCUGUACCAACCUGAUAAUCUUGAAAAAGCUACAGAAAUUUUUAAUGAAGAGAAAGAAAUUGAGACCAUUAAAGAACUAAUCAGCACUUGCGCCAAAGUAAACGAAGAAACCGUUACGGAUGGUGAAAAGGGAUGUGAACGCGCUAAGCUGCUUUUCCACUGCUUUGUAGAAAACUCCAAAUAAGGCGUGUAGAGAGUCGUGCAGCUGAAUGCAAUCGCCACAAAACAACCUACUUGGCUAUUAUGGAUAAAGAAGAAUUGGAAAUAAAUUAAAAUAACAUAUUUGAAUUGUGGACAAUGUUAAGUUAGUGUUAUUAGUAAAAUAUAGUUUCUUA